AUGCAAUAUAACAAUGCCAACAACCCCUACAUGCAAUUUAACACAGCCAAGAACCCCUACAUGCAAUACAACACAGCCAAGGACCCCUACUUGCAAUAUAACAAUGCCAACACAUCCUACAUGCAAUUUAACAAUGCCAACAACCCCUACAUGCAAUUCAACACAGCCAAGGACCCCUACUUGCAAUAUAACAAUGUCAACACAUCCUACAUGCAAUUUAACAAUGCCAAGAACCCCUACAUGCAAUUCAACACAGCCAAGGACCCCUACUUGAAAUAUAACAAUGCCAACACAUCCUGCAUGCAAUUUAACAAUGCCAACAACCCAUUCAUGCAAUCUAACAAUGCCAACAACCCCUACAUGCAAUAUAACAAUGCCAACAAUCCCUACAUGCAAUAUAACAAUGCCAACAACCCCUACAUGCAGUACAACACAGCCAAGGACCCCUACUUGCAAUAUAACAAUGCCAACACAUCCUACAUGCAAUUUAACAAUGCCAACAACCCCUACAUGCAAUUCAACACAGCCAAGGACCCCUACAUGCAAUAA